AUGUCUGAUACGUCGACCCCAGAGCCGCAGGCGACGUCGACUGCCAAUACCACGCCUGUAAAAAGCCACCAGAACCGUGAAGUGGCCAAGCAAGCCGCUGAAAAGCUGCUCACUGCCUUUGCAGAGGUGAAAACAGCCGAUGCCUCCGAUGAAGAGCCUGGCAACGCUCGCGUUAUACUAGACGAGACUCCGGUCAAGAAAGAGACCAGGGGCCGCAAGCCGAAAGAUUGGGUGCCACCGCCGGGAUACGUUGCAAAGAAAAAGAGCUCGAACCCGCCAUCCAAGACGGUAAUAGAUGAGACUCUCUAUCGCACCCUUGAACAAGAGUACUACCAGCAAUCGACACCUCUCGCUUCAAAUCCCUGGCAUCAGAGGCCGGGGGUCAAGAGCACGCAUCAGGGGGAGACGAGAGUAUUGCACUUCCACGCAUUGAACCAGUCCUACGCUCGAAAGUUUCAGCUAGGACGGGAUAUGAUGGAGCCGAAUAUUUUCCACGUGAAUGAUGAGCUCGUGCAAGAGUAUCCGUUUGAACCACUGAAAGCGAUCCCUGAUGGCAUUGGAGAUAUUAUCGAGGAGGAAUUGACAUAUGAGGCCGUCUGCUCGCGUGUGAAUUUGACAGCGCCCGUCAAGUUUGGGUUUGAUGAUGACGUACGCAAACUGCUCAGGGCCGAAGGCUAUGCGCAGUAUCCGACUAACAGCGUGUUGAGACAGGGGUUUGUGGUCAAUACGGGCGGUGUUCCCUUGGUGAGCUCGUUUCUGAAUAAACCCAUUGAUGGUAAACACUAUCUAUUUGUUUCCGUGAUAGACCACGCCGGAACGGACACCUCGGUCCGCAAAGAGUUGUCCAUUUGCCAGCCGGAGAGCUACGAUGCGGCACUACAGGUCUACGAGGUGGAUCUAGAUAAGGGAGCAGUGAUCCAUGCUAAGACUAUGAUUAUACCCUUUGGAGCUAUCACCUCGAUGAAAUGGCUUCUCAGCUCAAACGCGGAAGAAAGCCUGCUGGCCUGUGUUUGCAAAGACGGGGUUGUCAGAGUGAUGAGGGUUGAUAAGCACUUCGUCGAGUCUGGUCGGUAUUCAUGUCUCGUUGCUCCGUCAGUGCUUAUCAAUGUUCCUGAGUUUGAGAUCUUCUCCUGCGACUGGACAUCCAAUACCACACUCCUUCUGGGACUGCGCGACGGCUAUCUUGCCGAAGUGGAUGUUACGCAGCCCGAUAAACCGCUAUUUGUGUUUGGCCUUGACGUCGAACACAUUGUCUCUGUGACGUCGACGUACUCUGACUCGCUUUUUGGCGCGCCUACCCGCAUAGUGGUGAUAUCGUCUACGGAUUUCUACUAUUACCUGAUUGAUCUGGACAACAUGAGGGUGAUAGCAGAGUCUCAAAAGACCAAGGUCCCGUGCACCCAGAUCCAGUACUCUGCUCUGGUUGACGGGUUCGUGAUUGCGGAUGCCACAAAGACGCCGAAGUUUGUGAGCAAAAAAGACGUCCAGAGCUACGUUACACUGAACUUGUGGGACGAUAACCAGGUGUUCUCCGUAGGAGCCUCUGAUUUUGCUCCGUUUUUUGUGGCAGGCUACGUUAAUGGUUCGGUAAGAUUAUACAACCCAAUCAGAAGAAUACACAGCACUGCCAAGCUGAAGGUGGCUCCCGCAUCUUUGCGUCUGAUGAAGAUGGACGUUAGCAAAGACGAGUUUCGCUUGGAUCUCAAAUAUGUGGCAACGUCGGACUCGAAAGACGUCGAAAGCCACUCCGUCUAUGACAAUAGAAUUAAUGUGACAAGCUGUGCACUCGCAAACACGCCAUCCUGUUCCGGUUUGAUGGCAUGUUCGUUUGCUAAUGGACUGGUGGCUGUGGAACGAAUUCUGAGCGCAAAAUCAGUUUAG